CUCUCUCUCUCUCUCUCUCUCUCUCUCCCGUUCAUCGCUCCCUCACGCUUUCACACCGAUGAACACGCUGUGUGAUAAUUGCUACAUGUGGGCAACAGUAGAUAUCUCUACACAAGAACAGAGCCACGCUAAACCCAUCGGAUAAAGAAGCGUCUCCAUCCCGAAUCAAAGAGCUGCCAUCAACGGCAGUGAACUGUAAAGGCAAAUCAACUCCUCACUUGACUGGAAGAAAUUGCAUUGCAAGGACAUUCAGGCCAUGAAAACUAGACUAGGGUGCCUGUCUAACAAAUCAGACUCAUGCAGCGAUUUUUCAGAAUUCCUGCCUCCCUCUCAGGAGAGGUCCACAAGAUACUUGAAGUUAUCCAAUGAUGAAGUGACCAGAUGGGCAGAUUCAUUUGAUGCUCUGCUGUCCAAUAAAUAUGGUUUGGCAGCUUUCAGAACCUUCCUCAAAACAGAGUUCAGUGAUGAAAAUAUCGAGUUCUGGUUGGCUUGUGAGGACUAUAAAAAGAUCAAAUCCCCUGCUAAGAUGAUGUCUAAGGCCAGUAAGAUCUUCAAGGAAUUUAUCGACAUUCAUGCACCCAGAGAGGUUAACAUAGACCACAGGACCAGAGAGGAAACCAAACAGAGCCUUCUGGAGCCAACUUCCAACAGUCUCAAUGAAGUCCAAGCUAAAGUGUACAGCCUCAUGGAGAAAGACUCCUUUCCUCGGUUUAUAAGAUCAAAGAUCUAUCAGGACUUACUGAACAGGACACAGAUAUACUGUCAGAGGAAAUCUGUUUAAAAGUUAAUGUCUAUGAAAAAUGUUAUUUUGCUUGCCUGGUUAGAUGAUAUUGAGAUAAUAUAGCAGACUUUAAUUGUAAUAUAUAGCAUAGUCUGUGUGUUUACAAAAUAAAGAUGAAAGUAAUCAAAUAAAAAAGGUUUUAAAAAAACAACUAGUUCAUUGCUAGUUUGUGCAUCUUAAGUAAAACAUGAUAAUGUAAUGUACUUCUUUUCCCAGUUCUAUUUGAACUAUAUUCUCACUCUCUCAAAUGUAAUAGAAUGGUCAAUGUUUCUUCUGAAUGCUGGCAAGCAUGUAAAUGUAAAUCAGUCUCUACAUGGGUAAUAUGUAAGAGUAGAGUAUGAUCAUUUAUUUUUCUUAACUUCUUGUGUACACAUUAACACUGAUAUGUUUUGAUAAGACAACCUAAGACAUGCCUGCUGUGUUACUGCAUGCAGCCUCGGCCUGUGGGCAUCUCUCAUUGAAUCCUUUCUCUUAAAAUCUAAAUCUAAAAAUAAUUAUACACACAUAUGCACACAAAAUGUAUU